UCUCAAUGUCUAUCAAAAAUUCAAUAGAGUUAAAAUUGACUGACAGUUGAACGAAAAUGCAAAAAUUGAGACGAGAAAAAAGUAAAAAAAAAAAACUCGGUGCUGACUUUGAAAUGCUUUUUGUCGUCAUUGCUUUCUCUCACUCAAAAAAAUAUUAAUGAGGAGAUGUGAGGGAGGGGAGAGGUAAAUGAUUGGAUUUGACCCCGCUUUUUUUGUCUGCUAUUCUCCUAAUUUAAACUCUUCCUAGAUUCCCUUACAUUACUCAAUAAAUUCACAAUGACAGAAAAGAAAGAUUUCCUUUCUGAAGCUGGUAAAGCAGCCGCCAUAUCAGGUGGUGUCGGUUUUGCCGUAUCUGCAAUGCAAAACACAGUACAAAAACAUACAACGGGUGCCAAAGGUGUAUUCACAAGAACAGGAGGAACAAUUGCAUUUUUCGCUGCCAUGGGUGGUAUAUAUACUCUUGGAGAAGCAGUAUCAGAGAAUAUGAGAGGAAAACAUGACGGUGUUAAUGCGGCUAUUGGUGGUUGUGCUGCAGGCUUAUUAGCUGGUAUUCCUACUCGUUCAUUUGCAAAAAUGCUCGCAGGUUGUGCAGCAAUCGGAACUACUAUGUACGCUUUUGAAGCGUCUGGUCAAUUCAGCGGCAUUCAUAAGGAUAAAACAUCAGAGGAAAAACGACAAUAUGAGAAAGAAUUUUUCAAACAACCUGUUGUAGCAAAUGAUAGCGCAUAAGUUUAUUUUCUAUUAAAAAAUAAAAAGGGAACAAUAAAAAGCAUAA